AUGUUCAAUGUCCCGCAAACCCAGUUCGAAGUUGUCAGAAUACGGCGGACUUGUAGUCCAUACCCAGGUUCGUCUCUCUCUCUUUGUCUGACUAUACCCUUCCAUGAAAACAUCGUAACUUACAACACGUCUAGUUCUGGAACACAAAGACCAACCGGGACACUCCAGGCCAAGUCCUCCCACGAAACAGCUGGACUAUGCAUGGACUUUGGCCAGAUACCUGCGACGGAGGAUUCGAUUCGUAUUGCGACUUCUCUCGACAAUACGACGACACCCCAAAUCCUAAGAGGUGCCCUCCUGCAGUUUGGACGAGAUGACCUUUUGGACUUUAUGAAGUUGUACUGGCCGUCGACUGUUUCUCCAGAUGCUAGCUUCUGGGCGCAGGAAU